AUGCCGCUGGAGCAGCCGGGGAUGAAGUGGCUGUUCAAGAAGGGUGCUUCGUGCGCUGGCGAGGUGGCUUUGCUUAUGACUCCAUUGACAGGGAAGGUGUUUCAGCUGCAGGAGAAGAUCAAUGCUCAGAAGCAGGCAAAGAAAAACACCAAAGAUGCAAUCACAGUGCUGACGGAAGCAACGGGAGAUGCACAGGCAAAGAAAGCUGCGGGCAAAGCGAAAGCUAAGGGUAAAGCAAAAGCGAAAUCAUCCGCCAAGACCCAGGGAAUCGAGGACAGCAGCAAGCUUGACAGUGCUGUCGUUGUCGACUCAGUGCAGGGUGGCAAGCUCGUGCGGGACAAAUACUUCGUGGAUUGCUUGGUGAUGGCAAUCAGGUCGUCUUUGUUAGCUUGCAGACGCAAAUGGGGAGUUAUCAGAGACUCUGACAGCGCCGCAGCCGCCGAUUACAUGGGAACCGAUAUGCCGGUGUACAGUUCAGUAGAGUGUCGUAUCAUGGAACAAUGCAUCCGCCGGGGCAUAUUCUUCGCAUGUGAGCGAGAGGUUGUGUUGGAUGGGAAAAAACACAAGAAAUGGUCUACGUUGAGACCUCAACUGCAGAUCUACGCAAUGAAUGAGUACCACAAGGUGUCCGAAGCUCUCUCAAGUGCCAGUGCUGGGUCGCAUGCACACCAACACCAUGCCAUGUCGAGUUCGGCAGCCACCACCACACCAGCGGCAACAGUCCAGAAUGCACUGGCUGCACAGUCCGUGGAACCUCUCAUCGGCGAUUUCCUCACGUGGCUCGACCUGGAGAUGGGUGCCACACGCACCGAGAAUCCUCUCGAGCAGCCACCGCGCGACAAAUCCAUGUUUGACAACAUCAUGCAUCACCUGACCUACAACAAGAUUUACGGCGAAUGGACCGACAUGUGUUCCUGCGGCGAGAAUAGGACGAACCAGGAGAGUUGUUUGCUCCAUCAAGCGGUCGCGGACAUUGCGGACGUGGCAUUUCACGCAUGCUCAUCGGUACUCGCCGUCCUGCCUGCAGCUGUGGUUGCCACUGGCCAAAUCCUUGGCCAACACCUAGUGGGCAACUGGGAUGCCCUACCAGCAGUCCUCAAGGAUCAUGCUAGGAACGAUCUGUUCAAAAAGAUCCUAACACCUUCUGGCGUGACCAGCCUAGCACGCCUCCGGUGCUUCUAUAUUUUGUCCUUGUGCCAUCAGACUCUGGAGGGUCGCUGUGGUGAGAUCUCUGGCGAGAGGCUGAUGACACUGAUCCAAUCGCACAUAGGGGUGUUUGCACAUAUGGAUGCCAUGUGUACUCCAUUCGAUGUUGCCAGUCUUGCCAGUGGGUAUGCCAGUGGACUGAUGGAGCUUAUUCGAAAAGGCAAGGUAACCAUCGAGGAACUUACCGAGGACGCUCCAUCAGCCGUUCAACCUGUGCAGGAAUCUUCGACCGCUGCUGGUCAGGCAAGCACCCCAGCCGCAGGUGCAGCUUCGAGCUCCAAAGGUGACGGGGACGGGACUCGGAUGGUUUCUUAUCGUGCGCUGAGUGUGCUGGCAACGGAUCAUGCCAAGAAAGGUGCGGGCAUUGCAGGCACAUCAGGGAGCUACGAAGAUCGCAACGGUUGCAGUGGUGCCGUGACCUUCUGUGUCAAGGAAAUUGAGAAGGGUGACAAGAAAGUCAAGUCAACAGAAGUGCUGCUGCGUUUGCCAAAGACACAACAGGUCACUAACAUCAUUGACAACUACAAGGACUUGUCGCAAGGACAAGACGGUGUGCGGGCAAGACUGGAUGAGGUGACCACGCCGGAGCUCAGAGAUAAAUUCAAGCUGUGCUUCUGGGGCGACGUUUGUCGCUCGAUGGACGAUAGCACCACUGCCCCCGUCGUGCAGAAACCGCCAAGAGUGAUGACGUUAACGCCACUCGAAGUCACCGUGCAGGGUGAUCCGGAUCAGCCACUGAAGCAUCGUAUUGGCGGCAGUGGUGACGGUGAUGAUUGCGGAGACGACGAGUGUGAAUUGGAGUUCUUUAUCAGGGGCAAUAACUUCGAUACCUUGGAGAGUGAGACUCCUUGUGCAACCUGGAUGAUCCCGCCCACGGACCUAGCUCGCCCAGCGCUGAUUAUCGGAGAGCUCCCAUGCCAAAUGAUCUACACGAGCACGACAAUCAAGUACUCGGUUCCAGUCCUCCGCUUUACCGACGACGGAGAGGACGCUGGUUUGACGCCAGUCCUGAUCAAAGUCAUCGACGGAGAUGCCUUCCUCGUGCUCAUGAGGGAGCAUCUGCCAGGAGAAGAGUGGAAACCAAAAAAGGGCACAAAGCGAGCAUACCCUGGCCAGGCGCAUCUGGCGGAGGAAGAUUGGCCCCUUGCCAACGAGGCCCUUCGCAAGUUAGGCCUUUUCGGCGGUAUUGGCACAACAACGUCAGCUGUGAGCCGCUUGACCAAGAGCUCGCCGACAAAGAAGCCACGUGUGAACGCAAAUGCAAAGCAUUUGACGAAGUAG